AUGGCCAGCAUGGAUCAGGACAAGCCCGCACAGGUCGGUGAGGCUAUGGACGUUGUCAAGGCAGAGGAGAAGUUCAAGACCAUGGAGCACUCGGAGCAGCACUACUUCAACAGCUACAACCACCACGGUAUCCACGAGGAGAUGCUCAAGGAUGAGGUCCGCACAAGAUCGUACAUGAACGCCAUUGUCCAGAACAAGCACAUCUUCAAGGACAAGGUCGUCCUCGAUGUCGGCUGCGGCACGGCCAUCCUGUCCAUGUUCGCCGUCAAGGCCGGCGCCAAGCACGUCAUUGGCGUCGACAUGUCGACCAUCAUCUACAAGGCCCGCGAGAUUGUCAAGGUCAACGGCAUGGCCGACAAGAUCACCCUGAUCCAGGGCAAGAUGGAGGAGGUCAAGCUGCCCUACGAGCACGUCGACAUCAUCAUCUCCGAGUGGAUGGGCUACUUCUUGCUGUACGAGAGCAUGCUCGACACCGUGCUCUACGCGCGCGACCGCUACCUGGUCAAGGACGGCCUCAUCUUUCCGGACAAGGCCACCAUCUUUGCCGCGGGCAUCGAGGACGGCGAGUACAAGGACGAGAAGAUUGGCUUCUGGGACAACGUCUACGGCUUCGACUAUUCACCCCUGAAGGCGACCGCCCUCUCCGAGCCGCUCGUCGACACCGUCGAGCUCAAGGCCGUCGUCACUGACCCUGCCAACAUCCUAACCCUCGACCUGUACACCUGCAAGACCGAGGACCUGGCCUUUAGCGCCAACUUUGCCCUGCGCUGCAAGCGCGACGACUUUGUCCACGCCCUCGUCGCGUGGUUCGACAUUGAGUUCUCGGCGUGCCACAAGCCCGUCCGCUUCUCGACCGGCCCGCACACCAAGUACACCCACUGGAAGCAGACCGUCUUCUACCUCAAGGACACCCUGGCGGUCCAGGAGGGCGAGGAGAUCCAGUGCGAGCUGCACAACCGCCCCAACGACAAGAACAAGCGCGACCUCGACAUUGAGGUCAAGUACCGGCUGGAGACGGCAGACGCCACCCGGACAGGCGAGGGCGAGUGCACGUACAAGAUGUGCUAG